UGCCAAGUCUUCGAGUUUCUUGGGUUUAUCAGCUUCUCAGUCAAUGUUUUUUUAAAAUUUUACAUGAUUCGUGCAGUGAUGGUAUCAAUUUUAGAAUAUUAACGAUGGAGAAGCCUUUUUUACAAUUUUUUUUCAAAAAUCUUUCUCUCACCUUUGGUUUCUUUCAAGUUUUAAAUGAACUUUCCUACUAUCGCUUGUCUUUCUUUUACUAUGAUUAUUCUUUGGACUAAUAUUCAUCAACCAUCGGAAUCUACUUUAUUAAGUAAUAGAAAAAGUAGGUUUGUCAGUUAACACAUCAACCUCAGUUUCCAUAAGUCGAAGGUUGGCUUUAGCAAAAUUCACCAUGGAAACUAACCCGAUUAGUGUCAUCUUCAUGAAGAGUGACAGUAAGGGUGAUCGACUUCUUUUUCGGUUUCCAUUCCAAGAUAAUUUAAGGCCAGAAACAAGGCAGCAAAAAAGACGCAAAAAUCCGUAUGCCCUAACAGUGAACGAAGACCUCUUGUACGCUCCUCCGCAGCAAUCAACUAAUGUCAUCAAAGGACAGCUUAGCGGAUUUUCCGAUGAAGUUUUAUCAACACUGUUUGCGGUGAAGCAAGAGCUAUGUGAGCAUAAGUUUGAAUUGAAAGUCAAUGAUGUCAGGUUUGUCAGUCAUCCAACACUGUUGAACACUCAUAUUCGUCACGCAGAUCUUAGCGACUACAAAGCGAAUAGCCCGUCAAUAUUUCUUGUCAACAUUGUCUUUGCCCUCCAAGCGAUAGCCAGCCAUUCUAUUGUAAAAUGUUACUAUGAUCUUAGUAAGCAGCUUGGGAUAGCACUCAGGCAUGAAGAACAACGAUGUGGAUAUGUGAGUGAGGAGAUGAAAACCAUGAUUGCCAUUCAUGAUGCAACUGCUACCAGACCUGAGGAAGCUUCAUUAGACGGUCAUGAGUCCCCUUUUGAUAUGAUACUAAAGCAGUGUUCACUGGCUCGUAAUUUAAAAACGGUAUAUGAAGAUCUAAGUUCCAGUGGUAAAACCCAUCUGCGGGUCAAUAAAUGGAUCCAAGCUAGCUUUUGUCUACCUCAAAAAGUUCAUCAGUGCCACCGUAAAGGAUUUAUGGUAGAACCAGAAAUGAUUGAUAACUGUUUAAAAAACCUGCGACCAUACCAUGGAAUUUUGCUUUUAACUGAUCAGUACAAACUAUUGGAAACUAUUCCACCAGAUGCCAGUCCAGCCCUCACUCGCCUCAUCAAAAUGUACUCCCCCAUUAAAAGUUUGCAAACUUUAUCAGCAGAUGCUGACUUGACCCUGAAGCAGAUUUUUCACCUUGUUGGACACCUGCUUUACUGGGGAGAUGCUUUGAUUAUAUACCCAAUCUGUGAUAGUAAUGUGUAUGUCAUGUCCCCUGACGCUCCAACGUACAGCCACUCACCUCUAAUAGAACAGUUCUCUGAAAGUUUUCCGGGACAUAACCUUUUACAGGUGAUGAGCGAAUUCUCCUUGCCCAUGUCUAUGCGACAGAAGAUUAGCCCUUUGUGUCAACCUCAUGAGCAAGCUGAACUAGUCCAGAUUCUUGUUUGGUUACUCCAACAUCGGCUCUUACUCCAGCUUCAUACUUAUAUUUUUUUCAUCCCCACCCAGUCUGGCCUGUCUAAUCAUCAGGAGCAGUCUGGUCCAAGUAGUCAUCAGUAUUUCUCAAGAGAAGAACGGAAUGAUAGCUUUCAAAGCAAUUCCGAUAUAGAAACUAGUAGUGCGAGAGAACCCAGUGAAAGUGAUAUUAGCUCCAAUGUAAGCGAUGAUAAAGUUCUAAAUUUCACUCACCUAGAAAAUGUUAAUUACUCCUCAUUUGAUGAGCCAGUGGAUCAAAUAGAUGGGAUGUCUAGUCAGGAGUUUCUAGCCGAUUUUAAUGAGGAGGAGCGCUCAUCUCUAUUAAAAAUUCCCGCUUGCUCAAGUCCAGAGGAUUUUUAUCUUCUCAUCAGGUUAUGCAAAAGAGGAUACUUACAUGGGAUGCACCAUCUGGAGGAAAUAAUGUACUUAGAAAAUGUCCGCAGAUCUCAGCUUCUACAAAUUUUAGAUAAAUUUAGAGAUGUUCUUAUCACUUGUGAAAUGGAAGACCUUGCAAUUUCGAUGUUUCAUUCACAUUCUGCAGACUGAAACCAAUUUUUUUCAAAUCCUAAACUCGUGGAAGGAGUCAUUUUUUGUGAUAUCAGUAAGUUUUGAAAUAUUUUAAUACUUUCUUUUUUUAUACCUCUCAACAUUUUUUAAUGUAAAAGAAGUGAAGUGUAGAAAAAAAAUUGCGUUCACCCAGCGGUGAUUCAUGACAUUGAAGCUUCACAUGACUUUCUUUACGUAGGCUGUAUGGAUGAACUACAGUAGUGAAGGGGGAUGGAAAAUUUUUUCUGAGGCUAGGUUACAAGUAAUCUGGGUCCACAUCUACACUGCAAGUUUUCUAAAUCUGUUUCCUUCAAAUCCAACCAACACCAACUUCUUUCACAACCAAUUUGACCAAGGAGGGUUUGUUUGUAGUAUAAAUUGGUUCUACAUAGAGUGGUGGCAAAAUAUAUGACUUUCAUUGUUUCAGGCAAAAAAAAAAAAAAAAAAAAUAAGAAGUGAUUGGAUCACUAAAUUUUAGGAUAAAAUUCGGCAAUGCUGGGCAAAAGUAAAGAUGCUGAUUCCUGAGCUUAAAAACACUAAAACUGACCAUGUAGAACAAAUAAUCCUUGCAGCAAUUUGCAAUCAAUUAGAAAUUUGUGCCGCAGAAAAAUGUAUACACAGCCAGGUGAGGACUUUAGUCGAAGUAUAUUUUCAUUUACAUUUCACCCUCGUAAAAUCGGAAAAGUUUCCCUCCUCUACGAAUAAUAGUUUAUUCGGCUAUUGCGAGAUCCAAAGAUUGUACACCUGUGGUUUUAAAAAGAAAGACGUUCAAGCAGAUGCAUGAAACUAACUGAUCAAAAAGUUAUUUUUUGUAACUUUUUCUUCAGACCUGCAGGCAAUGCACUUUCUAUCAAGUAAUAGGAGACCGUUUUAAGUGUUGUUGGGGCUUUAUGUAGUUUACAAUUUCAUAAAUGCCGAAAUUUUGUGAAAUAUUGCUUCAAAUUGGCGGAAGUAAAAUAUAGUUUCUUUAUCAGUACAAAAAUUGGUGGAAUAAACCUCUCUGUAGCCAGUAUGAAGCUUUUGGAAAAGACCUGUCAUUCUUGGUGUAGUUUACUGUUUAUAUAUAAAUUUCGUGUAAAGUUAA